CACGUGCGGGUCCGGAUGGAUGGGGACCCUGCUGACGCUAGCAUUUCUCAAGUGUCCAAAAAACCGAACUCUCUUCGACAGGUCACCACAACAACACCAAUCAAACAUUUAUCAAUGCCACCACCUCAACUUCCUCCACCAAUCUCCCGCCACGUGGCGGUGAUCGGUGCCGGAGCCGCCGGCCUCGUUAGUGCCCGUGAGCUCCGGAGAGAGGGUCAUGAUGUUGUAGUCUUUGAAAGAGACAACCAAGUAGGUGGCACAUGGGUGUACAAUCCCCGAGUCGAGCCCGACCCGUUAAGCCUCGACCCGAAUCGACGCAUAAUUCACUCGAGCCUCUAUAGCUCCCUCCGGACCAACCUCCCAAGAGAAGUAAUGGGUUUCAAAGAUUAUCCCUUUAUAGCAAAAAAUGAUAAAAAGAGAGACCAGAGAAGGUUUCCGGGCCAUCGAGAGGUGUUGUUGUAUUUGCAGGAUUUUGCAAGUGAGUUUGGGAUUGAAGAAAUGGUGAGGUUUGAUACUGAAGUGGUUCAUGUGGGGCCUGUUGAGGAUAAUAUUGGAAAGUGGAUUGUGAGGUCUAAAAGGAAAAUAAGUGAUGAUGAUAGGGAGGUUAGUUUUGGAUUUGAUGUUGACGAGGAGAUUUAUGAUGCUGUUGUUAUCUGUAAUGGACAUUACACUGAACCUCGUAUUGCUCAAAUACCAGGGAUCAGUUCAUGGCCAGGAAAACAGAUGCAUAGCCACAAUUAUCGUACUCCUGAGGGCUUUCAAGAUCAAGUGGCAAUUUUGAUUGGAAGUUCAGCUAGUUCUGAUGAUAUAUCCAGAGAAAUUGCUGGAGUUGCUAAAGAGGUCCAUGUUGCCUCAAGAUCAGUUGCGGACGAAACAUAUCAAGAGCAGCCUGGAUAUGAUAAUAUGUGGCUUCAUUCUAUGAUAGAAAGUGUGCAUGAUGAUGGUUCUGUGAUCUUCAGAAAUGGGAGAGUUGUCGUUGCUGACAUUAUUCUACAUUGCACUGGGUACAAGUAUCACUUCCCUUUUCUAGACACCAAUGGCAUUGUGACCAUGGAUGAAAAUCGUGUGGCCCCCCUGUACAAGCAAGUUUUUCCACCAGUUCUGGCCCCAUGGCUUUCAUUUGUUGGGUUACCGUGGAAGGUUGUCCCUUUUCCCUUGGUUGAACUUCAAACCAAGUGGAUUGCUGGUGUUUUAUCAGGUCAUAUUGCACUUCCGUCACCUGAGGAGAUGAUGGAAGAUGUUAAAGCCUUCUAUGAGACACUAGAAUCUUCCAACAAACCCAAACACUACACUCAUAAUUUGGGUGGUUGUCAGUUCGAGUACGACAACUGGCUUGCUUCUCAGUGCGGUUGCCCAGGGAUCGAAGAAUGGAGAAGGCAAAUGUAUGAUGCAGCUAGCAAGAGUAAGCGGCUCCGGCCAGAGAUAUACCGUGAUGAAUGGGAUGAUGAUGACCUGGUCUUGGAAGCCUACGGGGACUUCACAAAGUACACUUGAAAAAGUUGAAGCAACAGCUGCAUCUCUCAAUGGAGGUGUUCGAAGGAUAGGAAAGGAAGACGAUAAAUUAUUAGGCUGGCCUAAUUGUCAACAUCUGAAUUUGUGGGAUCAAUCAUCAUCGUUGUUAAUUUGGACUUGUAUUUCCAUGAUUCGCAGUUCUUUACGUGAAUAAAGAAUCAAUGAAGAUAUCCAUAUCCAUAUAUGAAUAAAUGAAGCUCUUGCCUUUCUCUUUC